ACUCUUCCAAAGAUUCCCUUCCUUUCCUUCUCACUUCGUUCUUGUCUCCCUCUUCCCCCCUCCUCUCUCUUCCCUAAACAAAGAGAGAAACAGAGGAACUCAGAUUAGAAGGAGAAAUAGGGGAGAAGGGCUAGAAGAAGAACAGGUGGGAGUAAAGCGAGAUGGCGGACUGGGGCCCAGUGUUCGUGGCGGUCGUCCUCUUCAUCCUGCUCACGCCGGGCCUCAUCGUCCAGAUCCCCGGCAGGAUGCGGGUGGUCGAAUUCGGCAACCUCCAGACCAGCGGCGCCUCCAUCUUGGUCCACUCCAUCAUCUACUUCGGUCUCGUCGCCAUCUUUCUCCUCGCCAUUGGCGUCCACGUGUACAUUGGCUCCUAGAAUAUCUAAUUCCUUUUGUAAAAAGAUCCCAUUUUGGAAGUGAAUUCCUAUGGGGUUUCUUGAUGGGGCUGAUGACCUCUGUUUCAAUAAUGGUUAUUGUUUGUAGAAAUCUAGUUAUAAUGAGGUGAAAUAAUGGUGGAUCAUCAUCAUUUUUAUAUUGUUAUAUUCUUCUGAUCUCUAUCUGCCAAUAUUCACUCAAAAGAGAAAAAAAAAAUCUCAAUUCACAGUGAAA